AAAUUGCAUUAAAAUUUUAUUUUAUCGUGUGCGCUAAAUGGGAAAAGUUCAGUGAUUAGAGGCCCAGAAAGUUUUUUUUUGGAAAAUGAUGUGAAAGUUUUAAUGCGAAUCAACGGACGAGAUAGGCAAAUACAAUGUGCCGUUAAUUGGAGCAGCGAGCAGAACAGGUACAAGAGGAGCACACAACGAGGCGGGGAAAAACGAGUGGCAGCGACAGCAGUGGCAGUGGCAGAAGACCAACCUAGAUAUAAAGUUCGUGCCGUAAAUCUUCAACUUGCAUGGAAUUAAUACCCCACCGCCGGGAGGGUGGACAGGGAGGCGCAACAGGAGCGGGUCUAGGCGGGGGGCGUUGCGCAUGCAACACACAUUAGUGGGUCACUCGAAGAUGAUGACGCUGAUGACCGCAACCGCAGAAGCAACAGAAACAACAGCAACAACCGAAACAGCAGCUAAACAAGCAACCGCCUUGCAGGGGAAAAUUAUAUAAAAUUAUCAUGCAGGACGGGCCACAGCGAGCAGCAAGUCGGCCACUUGACGGCGGCAGACGGCAGGAAAAGGCUAAGGCUACGCUGCAGCGGCGGGUCGCAUGACGUACACGACGUAACGUGCACACCCUAACGGGGCUGCUGGCCAAUUUGUCCACAAGAAGGACACGAGCGGGGCACCACCCAACCGAACUGAGCCACUAACCAGGCGGAAAGUGCAACUGCAACUGCAACGGAAACCGAAACUGAAACUGAAACCGAAACAAAAACGAGAUCCAAAGUGUACCCAAAAAACUGAAACUUUUCGGCCCGAAUGGCACAACUUUUCGAACAAUUGCCACGGCGUUGGGGCGAGCGGCGUUGAAAAGCGACGGAAAAAAUGUCAAAAUGGCGAAGUUAACGUUGCCGCGUCUUUUGCAGCGACUGCAGCUGUUGGCGUUGCAACUGGCCACGCCCAGCAGGCAGCCGCCACAUCAUCAGCAGCAGCAGCAGCAGCAGCAGCACCCACACGCACACCCACACGGCUGCCAUCUGAUGGCCAUGCAGCUCUGCCAGGCCAUGCUCCUAUACGGCUGCCUCCUGCUCCUCCAUGCGUCUGCCUCAGUGUCUGCCUCGGCCUCGCACACGGCGCUGGCACUGAAUCUCUCAUCAGCCAUAGACCUAAACCAACUCAAACACCAUCCAGAGCAGCCCGAUCAUCCGCAACAACCGCUACAACCACAACGCGCACAGAAACGUGACGCUGCCAAUGUGCCUGACGAUGACUAUGAUGGCAGCUACCCGGAUGAUAUCGACGACAUUGAGGCCUUGCUAAAUAAUAAGUCAGCAAAGGGGAAGUACAUUGGGGCGCCGUGCAACGAGCUGAAGUGCGACGUGAAGCUGCUGCAUGUGGCCUGCGACAAGGAGACGCAGACCUGCACAUGCGAGCGGAACUAUCCCGUGCAGCUGGGACUGAUAAAGGGUUGCGCCAAACCUAAAAAACUGGGCGAUCAGUGUUUCUACGACGAGACGUGCAUCUACAACGAUGAGAACUCCCUCUGUGUUCAGGUGCGCCACAAUGCAAUGUGUCAGUGUGCCAGUGGCUUUCAUUCGGUCAGCUACACGAAGCCGACACGGCGUGUCUUUUGCACGCCAGAUCUCAGCGAGCUGAGCUCUGAUCUGCCCACGCUGCUGGGCGUCUCCACGGGCAUUGCCGUGCUGGCCGGGCUCAUCUGUAUGGUGCUGCAUCUGUUCAGCAAGACCAAGUAUCCGAGGCACCGCAACUACGGGGACGCCAGCAUUCCGCCGCCCAUUCUUUACUCCAGCGAUACAGGGAUACCGCUGACAGUGCACUCGGCGCGCCCUUCGUCGCGGUCUAGCAUACGUUCGACGGGAUCGAUUGGCUCCUUUGGGCAGCGACGGGCUUCGGUGGGAGGACAGGCUAGCGGAGCAGCAGGUGGAGCUGGUGGUGGAGGAGGUGGUGCUGGAGGUGGAGGCGGCGGCGGGUCGAAGGGCAUACUGGUGUCGACGUCUCGUACAGGUUCUCGAAGACCAAGUCUAGCAUCGGUGCACAGCACUAGUUCCUCGGUGCGAAGCUACAGCAUGAUGCGUUUCGAAAAGGAGGCUCAACAGAAGGAGAUCCGGCAGGAGAUGAAGCUGCGUCUGGCCCGGCUGCAGCAGCAGCAGCACCUCACCCAGAACAAGCCGCAGAUUGUCAUCGGGGAGGCGCUGCUGCAGCACGGGGCCUUAGGUCGGGUAACCAUCCCCACGCCCAGCCCGCUGACGCCCAACUCACUGGACGAGCUGCUGCCGUCACUGGAUGAGAAUCAGGAGUAUCCACCCAGGCUGGAGGGAACAUUCAAGCAGCUGGUGCAGCCAGAAACUACAGCAGGUGGCGGCGGAGGAGCUGGAGCCCUGCGAGCAGCUGCCGCCCAAUCGUCUCCGGCCAGUGCAAACGGCUACCAUGGUCCCUGCAGCUCAUCGACUGAGGCCCUCUAAAGCUACCCCCGGGGCCCCGGGGCAUAAAUACAUAAGUAUUAAAGUAUUCAAGUAGAUCGUAAGCCAAACCCAAAGUUCUCAUCUGAUUUGCUGUGCUAGGGCGCCGAGUAGCAAAUUAAAUUGACCGUCAAACGUGUUGUAGACAGCUUAGAUUAUGUGUAACAUAGUAAGCCCCUACCCUAUGCCGCCUAAGCAGCCCCCCCUAGCCUAGGCUAAGUUCUGUUACCGUCUAAGCGAGUUCUCAAAUUAGUAUUGUAUCAUAUACGUAGCGAGAGAGUUAAUCGAAACAUUUUAUACGUGUGUGUGUAUUGUCAUACAGUUUUGUAGAAGUUAUAUAUUUACAAAUUAAUUCGAUGGCGUGGCGCAUGGGGUCAAGGAUCGUUCAGAAAACAACUUCUUCAGUGAUACUUCAGAGUACUCGUUCUGACACAUUCCUGAGAAUUCGAAUACUUUCUCCCUGAUCCCCGAUUCGUUCCGAUUGGAUGGAUCAUAAUGAAUUGAUUAGUUUAAAGUUAGUCUAGUCUAGUCUAGUCUAGUCUAGUGUUUAUCGUUAGGGUGAGAUAGUACUGAUAAAAUAUACGCGAAAUGAAUUUAUAAAAUUUAUGUUUAUGAACACAAAUUUGUUCACUCGUACCGUACUCCCGAUGAAUAUGAAUAUGAAUAUGAGAAAUCCUUAUGAAUACAGAGGCAGGCGCACAGUUGAGAGCCUGGUCGAGAUCUAGCUAAAUCAAUAAUUAUGUUAAGCGAUAAAUCAAAAAUGUUGAUCUGACAAAGCUCUUGAGUUCUUUGCAGUAGAUCCAACGUAGAGAAUGAUGAAUCGAAUCUUCGCGGCAAGUCAAUUUUAGUUUACGGUUAACGAAUUUUUCUACAAAAGGCGUUUCAAAUGAAUACAAUAAUCGAAUAGAUCAAAUGUACAUUACUUAUCCCAGCACUCGCGUGCGAAACCCUAGAACCCAAUUCGUUCGAUCGGUCGGUCGAUCGAUCGAUCGAUUGUAAUAAUUAACUUAUAACUAACGAGUAUUUGAUACCAAGGUUGUUGACUGUAGUUUGGUUCCAUGAUUUGUUGUGUCCUACUAUCUAUAUAGAUCUCUGUUCCGUUCCCAAGAUACGUACGUACGAAUACAACAAGCUAUAGAAGACGUUUAAAAUACACUAUAUACACAUGCCUACAUUUACAUACAUACUAUCCGUAUAUAUGUAUGUACUAGCAUACAUACAUAUGUACUUACCUAUGCUAUAUUGUACUUACGAAUGGUAGAACACAUAUCUAAGGUUCAGUGUUGGUUGCAUACGGGAGUAAAUAGAAAUAAAUGCAAUUUUGUGUUUUCAAA